AAGAAAAAGAAGGAGAAGAAGAAGCACAAGCACCACCACCGCUAGUGCAUCAAUAUUACGAACAGUUCUACGAAGCUACUUUUGGCGACAAAAAGGACCCAGUUUUACACAGCUCUCUUUAACUGAGGCGCAAUGCCUCGUUAUGCACAGCUAGUGAUGGGUCCCGCGGGUAGCGGUAAGAGUACCUACUGCUCCACCAUGGUCCAGCAUUCAGAGACCUUAAACCGUUCGGUUCAGGUGGUCAAUUUGGACCCAGCAGCUGAGCACUUUGAGUACCCUGUCAUGGCAGACAUUCGUGAGCUUAUUCAGGUGGAUGACGUGAUGGAGGACGAGUCUUUAAGAUUUGGCCCAAACGGAGGUCUGGUUUUCUGCAUGGAGUACUUCGCAAACAACUUUGAUUGGCUGGAGGAAAGCCUGGGCCACGUGGAAGAUGACUACAUAUUGUUUGACUGUCCAGGGCAGAUUGAGCUGUACACACACCUUCCUGUAAUGAAGCAGCUGGUGGAGCAGCUCCAGCAGUGGGAGUUUCGGGUUUGUGGAGUUUUCCUUGUUGACUCGCAGUUCAUGGUGGAGUCUUUUAAGUUUAUCUCUGGAGUCAUGGCUGCCCUCAGUGCUAUGGUGUCAUUAGAGAUUCCUCAGGUAAACAUCAUGACCAAAAUGGAUCUGCUUAGCCCCAAAGCAAAGAAGGAGAUUGAAAAAUACCUGGACCCGGACAUGUACUCGAUGAUGGAAGACGGCUCCAACACAAUCAGAAGCAAAAAGUUCAAGAAGCUAACCAAAGCUAUUUGUGGUCUCAUUGAUGACUACAGUAUAGUAAGAUUCCUCCCUUUUGACCGCACUGAUGAAGAAGGUAUUAACAUAGUACUGCAACACAUUGACUUCUCAAUACAGUACGGAGAGGACCUGGAGUUUAAGGAGCCAAAGGAGGUUGAGGAACAGCCUGCUAACCUAAAUUAUGACGACAUUUUUCAAGACAAAGCGAACAGCUGAGGCGGAGUACGGCCAAUCCUGCAAAUACAGACUUUGUGUAGCAAGACUGGCAAAGGAGUUCCAAUCGGACUGUUUGUUGUAACUGGAUGGAUACCGAGAAAUGGACACGUGAAGAAGAUUGUGGAUAUCAUAAAUAAUGUUUCAUGUUUUUGUUUUUUUUUUUUUUUUUUUGAUGAAAAUGAAGCUAUUCAUUUAAAAGUAUAUUUUAAAACAGUGGUUUGAUGCAUUUAAAUGCUUAGCAGUUAUUAAAAAAUAUUGCUAUUAUAUUUUUUUGAAUAAAAUGCAACGCAAAAUA